AUGGCCCUGCUGCGAGAGCGCAAACGGAAACGCCAGCGACCCAGCGACAGUGAGCUCGACACUGAAGUUGUGGACAAAAGACAACACCGUCGCCGAUUGACUUGGAACGAAGGCAAUUCAGUGCACCAACAAGCGUCUCUUAGUGCCGGUAGACCUUCGGUUGAGCUCUCCGAGGAUGAGCCGAGUGCACUGAAUGCCUCGGCUACUGAGGAGAGGUCAAGAUUCUCUGACUCUCCUCACGCGUCUAACCCAUAUUCGUCGGUUUCUAGUCUGAGUUUCAUGGCACGAUCCAGAUAUUUUGAGGAUACUGUGGUCAUCAACGAAGACCAAGCCAGGUCAUAUCCUAUGGGAGAGGCCGAUGGCCCCUCUGCUGAUGACAUCCAAUUGUUACGACUACAAGGCGCAUUUGAACUCCCGCCCCGGGCAAUUCGCGAUGGUCUGAUCAAUACUUUCAUGGAACGCUGCUCGCCUUGGAUGCCCAUCGUUGAGCGUAGUUGGUUAGAAGAAAGUGGCUCCCAGAAGCCUUCAAUCCUUCUCUUACAAUCCAUAUUCGUCGCAGCGAGCAGGGUCACUUCUGCGCCAGCCGUGACUGCGUAUGCCUCGACUCAUACGUUCUACCGCCGUGCAAAAGCCUUAUUUUGGUCCGGAUAUGAGAAGAACCCUGUUACGGUCGUUGCAGCUGUGUGCAUCUUGCAUUGGUAUAAUCCAGAAGGCCCUGAACACGUCUCCACAAAUACCAGUGGCUUCUGGCGGUACGUUGGAGUAGGACUAGCCCAUCAGAUUGGUCUACACAAGGAACCCACGAACAGGAGGGAAGCUGGCCUCAGGCGUAGGCUAUGGUGGACUCUAUUUGCCAGGGACUGCUUGAUUUCUGCGGGACAAGGGCGUCCUCUUGCAGUCAACAUAGAUGAUUGUGAAUUAGCACCUCCGUGUCUGGAAGACUUUGAUGAUUCCAGCUCAGAUGGUGCUCUCUUCAUUGCGUAUGUCGAGAUUGGUUCUGCCCUUGGUCAUCUCACACAGUGUUACCGGCGGAAAAGCUUCACACGGCACAUGCGACAAAACAUUGAAAAUCGUCUUUACCGAUGGUCGCGAGAGCUUCCGGGUUCCUUGCGACUAUUUAUUCACCAUUCAUCUUCAUCAGAAUGGGAGAUCCGGCAGAACACUCUAGCUUCGUAUAGUUUUGAAGCACGCCAACUUCAUAUUCCGUACUUCAUCUGCCUCGCUAUCAUGUGCCGUCCCAGUCCUGGAAACUCCCCAUCUCCAGCGGUGGUGCUCGCAUCAUCCUUUGUAGCAGGCAUAUUCGAAGACUUCCUGGCCCGAGAUGAGAUCCAGUUCCUGGGCCCGAUCUUCACAUUCCAUUUGCUGGCCGCUGGCAUCGGGCUGCUCUCUUGUCGCAACAUACCCGCGUUAUGGGAGAAGGCAGCCACUAGCCUGGAGACUAUCUACUUGUCUCUAGAAGUUCUUGCCAGACGUUGGUCCUCUGCCAAAGGGAGUCUUAGGGCCUUGAGAAGCAUCGCGGAGAAGCAGCAACGAACGACAAGGUCAGAGCCGACUCAUUCGCUGACGCUUCCACGAGAACACCGGCCAUAUUUUGAACACUUUGGACCAGAUUUGUCUUGGGCCUGGCACUAUUUUAUGCCCUCGGACUUUACUACUACAUUACAAAACCCACCCGAUGCUUCACCGAUUGCCGAGACUGCAGAAGUCCCUCUUGAAGAGUUUCCUGAAUCCCGCCCUCAAGAUGCCAUGUCGUCUACAGAGGAAUAUCGACCACUGACUACGAUUUUGGACCCUCAUAUGGGAUUUGCAAUGGGAGAUAUGACGCGAGACAUGCCCGAUGAGUUCUUUCAUAAUCACUACCAGGGCAUGGGUGAUUGGCUGUUCAAAGACCUGGAAUGGACCGGCGAUAUUCAAUGGUAG